AUGGGUAAAGCCUCCAGUGCCACAAAGAAGUUCUUGUCUAAGCAUCUGAAGAGAACUGUAAAGCACAGAAAGAAGGUUCAAAAGCAUGCUAAACUAGUUGCUAGUCAUAAGAGGCGUGGAACUGGUGAACCAAAGGAAGAUGAUGAAUCCAAGGGUAAGAUAUUCAAGGACAUGGAUGUAGACCAAUUUUUUGAGUCUGGAUUUGAAAUUCCUCAAGAAAAGAAGAGCAAGAAUUCCAAAAGGGAGAGUAAAACUGUUGAAGACGAAAGCUUAGAAUCUGAGGAUGAUUCUGUUGUGGAAGUUGAUUCUGAAUCGGGCGAGAAACUUGAUGAGCCUGAAGAAAAAGAGGAAGAAUCUGAUUUUAAUGUUGGCUCCCAACCAGACGAUGAUGAGCCUGACCAUAAAGAUGAACGAAGCUCCAAAUUGAGAACAAAAACUCAAUCCAAAACGAACGAUGAAGAUGAAGACGAAAGUUCGGAAGAUGAUAACGACAUGGAACAGGACCUAGAAGACUUAAAAGCCGAAGAUCCUGAAUUCUACAAGUACCUUGCAAAGAAUGACAAAGACUUAUUGGACUUCAAACCAGUCAAUCCGUUGGAUAUGAUUGAUGACGACGAAGACGAGGAUGAAUAUGAAGAAGACAAAGAAGAAUCAAGAAUCCCAACUGAAGAAAAAAUUAAUAUCACCAAUACUUUGUUGAAAGAGUGGGAAAUCCAAUUGGAAUCUCCAACCUUUAUUUUGCUGAAGCAACUUGUGGAAGCUUUCAAGGAUGCUGUACGUAUCCAAGAUGCUAAUGAAGAGGAUGGAAGUAAAUACGUCAUAAAUGAUCCGAAAACUUUCAACCACUUAAUGAUUUUAGCCGUCAGCAAAGUUCCUUCUGCUUUUCAGACCUUGGUGCCGUUCAAAAAGAAUCAUAAAGGUGUUCGUAAGUUGAUCGACUCUCCAGAGUUUCCGAAAGUAAAGGUACUACUGAAAUCCCAUGCUCCAACGUUAGUUACCUUACUCAGUGACACACAGAGUGUUGAGACCGGCGCUCUUGUUCUUAGUUCUCUUCAAGAACUUCUGCCAUACAUCACACUAUCUAAAUCCUUGUUGAAACAAAUAAUCACGGCAGUUGUGAACCUUUGGGCAACUACGAAUGAAGUUGAUAUUCAAAUUACUACCUUUGCAUUUUUGAACAACAGUGCCAAAGAGUAUCCUGGUGAUAUACUAGAGAUUACCCUAAAGGCAAUGUACUCAACAUUUGUGAAACAGUCCAGAAAGACCAAUGCUCAUACUAUGCCAUUAAUUAAUUUCCAAAAAAAUUCUUCGAUUGAAUUAUUUGGCAUUGACCCUAACGUUGGCUACCAAGUUGGCUUCGAGUAUAUCCGUCAAUUGGCCAUUCAUUUGAGAAACAGUAUAAUUAGCAAAGAAAAGGAAAAAUAUAAAGCAGUUUAUAACUGGCAAUUCUGUCAUUCGUUGGACUUUUGGUCCCGUUUACUCUCAGCUCAUUGCAAUCCAGAACGAGAACAAGGCAAAGAGUCACCUCUAAGGCAGUUGAUAUAUCCUUUAGUUCAAGUGACCAUUGGUACUAUCAAAUUGAUUCCAUCUCCACAAUUUUUCCCAUUAAGAUUCUACUUGAUUCGAUCACUUAUCAGGGUGUCACAAAACACUGGAGUUUUUAUCCCAAUAUUUCCGCUUUUGAGUGAUAUCCUGAACUCUUCAGUGCUUACACGGUCCCCCAAACAUUCUUCUUUACACGCCUUUGAUUUCGAUCAUAACAUUAGAGCCAAUCAAGCCUAUUUGGGAACCAGAGUCUAUCAGGAGGGAUCUUGUGAACAAAUAGUGACUCUUCUAGGAGAAUAUUUUGUCUUGUACUGCAAGCAGAUUGCAUUCCCAGAGGUUACUACACCUGCUGUAAUUUACCUUAGAAGAUUUAUCAAGAAAUCCAAGAAUGUGAAAUUCAACAGACAGCUAUCAAACUUAAUUCAGAAAUUGAAUCAGAAUGUCGACUUUAUCACGAAGGCUAGAUCCAAUGUUGACUUCACCCCCAAGAAUCGAGGUGCGGUGAAUAACUUCCUGAAAGAUACCGCCUGGGAGUCUACUCCUCUCGGAGCAUACAUUGUGGUUCAACGUGAAAUUGAAGAAAACAGACGUAAGAUCCUAAGAGACUCUCUGGAAAAUAAACAAGACAUCAAGGAUCAGAGAGUGGAUGGAGAUGAUGAUCUAGACUUAGUUGAUUUGGAAUAG